CCAGUGUGGGUAAGCCAUGUGUUGGUGCCAGGGAGCAUGGUUUGGUUUCCAGGGUUUGGUCGAAAGCCAUACAAAGCCUCACGAGAUGAUGCCAUGAUCCUAUUGUUAAUGAAGUGAGUGUCGCACGUUGAGAGAGCUCAUGUGGUUGUUGAAGCACUGGGUUUUUGUUUUUUUCAAAGGCGGAAGACGAACGAGCGAGUGAGCGAGAGAGAGAGAGAGAGAGAGAGAGAGAGAGAGAGUGAGACUGAGAGGAGUUCGAAAGCUUUCGUUGAGGGCGGUGCGUUGCGGUGCGGUGUGGUGCGGUGCGUUUAUGCGGGAAGAGCGAGGCGAGUAGUGUGUUGGUGUGGAGGUGUUGAAAAAGGAGGAAUUGAGACAGACAUUGCAGAGCACAGGCGGUCAGGGCAUGAUGGUGGAAUGUGGAUUUAGUAUGGGUGCUGCCAAUACGCUUUCGACCGUGAAUGUUCACACUGUGCAGCGCCAAAGCAGUAGUAGCACAGCUAGUGUGGUUCAGAGCAACGCCGGGUUGUCUUUCCCGUGCCAAUCAGUGCAGAAGCAGGGGGAACAUCAUCAGGACUCUGCGCGGUUGCACAGCGACAGCAACUGUGGGGAUAGUAAGCAGUCCAGGGCCGAAUUCUUGUACGCCAAAGAUGCCAGUCGUCGGAAGAGGGCAAAUCGGACUGCAAAGCUGAAACAGUAUAAGCUGGACGCUCGCAGGGAGCAGUGGUUAUCACAAGGCUCACAAGGAAAACAAGGGAAUGCAGAACUGCAGCAGCAAAGUAGUCAGCAACAACAUAGGAAUUGUGAGCACCAACACAAGGCAGGGGAUGGAGACUUCAGGGCCCAGGAUCGAGCAGGUCCGUCAGGGCACACUCGCAGUCAGGUGGAGGUUUCUAGUGAGUCUACGAGUGGGCAAAUACCUGCAGGCUCACCUGCUACACCUUCCCGACCAUCUAGCUGUGGUCUUGGUAACGAGGCUAAGAACUCAAAAAAAGAGGUAAGUUCAAGGCGGCUGGACAGUUCCUCUAGGGCACCUCAGUUUUUCGGGGAUGGAGAGUCGCAAGUGGGAGAUGAACAUAAGCAGGACUCGGCCAACAACGGGCGUUCGGUUAGCGAUGUAAGCAAGUCGAGGUCUACUAGCUCUUGUGCAAGCAGUAGUUACACUGGAAGCGGUUCCGAAGAUAACGGUGGGUCGCAUGAUGCGGAAGAUGAUUGGGAAUCUGCUUUUGACGCAUUGCACGUACAAAGCUCUCCACACCGAUCUGAUGAUCCACACAAGGGUCCUAGUUCCGAUCGAGCGCAGCUAAAUGAAGGAAAGGAGCUACAGGACAAGAAACAUGUUGGUGCCCAUUACAAUCUGCAUCAUUCUGAUAUGCAGAGUGGGCAGCUGAAACCUGAGUACAAGUACAAGAAUUCUGGUUUCGGAGGCAGGAGAGGAAACGGCGGAAGGGCUUGGCGGCCUGAUGAUGUUGCUCGACCUCCAACGCUUCCAAGACUUGCGAAGCAGCACUCUUAUCCGAAUCACUCAAGCAACAACAGUUACCAAGGGUGGGGUAACAUGCACGGUAAUUUGUGGGCGGAUGAACUUGCGACACCAUCUUCUUGCCCUAUCUGCACUGAGGAGCUUGACGUGACAGAUUCAUCGUACAUUCCCUGCACAUGUGGCUUCCAAUUGUGUCUGUUCUGUUACCACAGAAUCUCUUCAGAUGAUGGGCGCUGUCCAGGCUGUAGAAAAGCUUACAACCCUGAUUCGGCUGUGAAGCUUUCGCGUUCGUCCUCUGUAUGGCUACGAGUUUGAUUAUGGACUGUCGGUGUAUGACACUUGUGGAAUAAGAGGAGGAUAUCAGAACGUGUUUUACUACUAGUGACACAGGUGUGAGCGUAUGGGUGCAGCAAGGAUAACUUAUGUAGCAUAUUGGCUUGGGUUUUACAGAAAUCAAUAAAUCUGUCUAUUGAGUAUCAUUGUGUGCCUCUAUUUUGCAAACUAGCAUUCUACUUACAGAUUAGCUCAAUAUAGUCUAGUGAUACAGAGAGGGUUUGUUUUAUCUCGGCUAUCUUAAAUCAAUUAUUUGGAUACUUAUUCAUCGA